AUGACGAGCAAGCCUGGCAAGGACUGUCUGCGACUGGAUGCUCUCGAGAAGCUGGUCCUCAAAGGCCCAGCCAAGUCAGUUUCUCAAAGUCUAGCAUCAUUCUCGACUCCGCGACUGGCAACUGUCAAGCUGUACAUCACGGACAAGCCACCGGUAGAGUCUCUUCUUGGGGUCAUUUCUAUGUUGAAUCGGCAUCGGCUGAAGUCCAUCAUUGUGCAUCAUCUGGGUUCGUGCCCAGACGAUAGUGCUAGCUAUAUCAACUGGGGUCAGGUGUUCAUCCCACUGUCUCAACACACCCAAGUAGAAGAUCUUCGCUUGCAAUUCCAUCGAAUACCUCUCCGCAUGAACAAUGAUGAUGUGGAGAAGCUCACGCUAACUUUCCCGGCGCUGAGAAAGCUGGAGAUAAUUGCGACUUCGGCGUCCACCAGUGUAGCACCAUCUAUCCUGUGCUUGACUUCUUUCGCUCGCAAUUGCUCGCAGCUUCAGUAUCUACAGCUGGACCUUGACAAUGAGGCUCCCUUUCCUCUCGAACCUCCUGUCUUUAGUCACAAGCUGCGGACAGUGGAUUUGUUCUUCCCAACGCGGAACACGUCAAGCACAUUCGCUUGCUCGCUAGCACACUUCCUGGACUCCUUGUUCCCUUGGCUCGACACCUCGGGGUGCGAGGACGGCAUCCAAGAUUGGACGCAAAUGCUGCGUAUCAUCGACGGGAAACGAGAUUCAAGACGCGUCGAGAGGCGACGAUUACUACAACUGUCAUGA